UUUUUUUUUGAGUCUCCUCCCUUCCCCCACCUCAGCUUUAAUAUCCUUCUUUUGUUAAAGUACUUUUGUUCUGCCUGGAGUAUAGCUUGACUGAGGCAGAAAAUGGAAACAAGGGUGUUUCUAGUUUAACCCAGAUGAGCCAUAGAGAUAUAAGAGCUUUGAUGUUCAGAAGCCUAUUUCUGUAUUUUUUCCAAUAACUUUCACUCAAGACAGCUAAAUGCUCGCUUGGACAUGUCCACCUCCCUGUAGCUCCCCAGUUGAAGAAAGGAGAUCAGCACUUGUAUAUUGGAACUGAAUCGACCAAACCAAUGCAGAACAGUAUUUCCAGCUUGAAACAGUACUGCAUUAUGAUACCAACAUGAUUCAAGAGUCAUAUUUCUGUUAGAAGAUCCAAAGAUGAAGGGGGAUUUGAAAAUUCUUAAGUUCAGUACCUACUAUUGUACUACUCUUGUAUUUAUAGAUUGAAAAUCAGUGGAGCUUCAGUAUAAGCAUCAUCCUCUAGGAAGACAGAAAGUACAGAUGUUUCCUUUAUAUUUAUGGUGGCUAAUAACAUUAAUCUACAGAUACCAGCUGGAAACCUUUUCUGUAGAAGUACACUUAUGCAAAAUGGAAUCAUUUUGGUGCUUUGAAGUAAGCUUUUUUAUCUCUGUAUCUUUUUUUUUUUUUUUUUUUUUUUUUUUUUUUUUUUCUCAUGACAAGGUCUGUGUAGAUCUUUCAGUUCUUCUUGGCAUGUAUUUUCAGUGUGAAAAUAACCCAUAUUUUUCUCUCUUCAUAUAAUGGGACCCAUAAGGUAACUCUGUACCAAAAAAGACAAUUUCAUCCCAAGGGUGAAAUCUUUCAAACUAAUCUGCAGGCAGCUUUCCAAGCUCCUCUGCUUUUGAUUUCUGUUAUGCAUGACAGCAGUGGUAAAUCUAUAGAAAUAUUAAGAACCCAGGAUUCAUAAUUGUCUUUUAUGUGCAGGUGGAAUGGUUAAAGCACAUUGAUGACACAAGUCUGAUUCUGUGUCCAUUAAUGCAGGUGUAAAUGAACAAUAGCUCAGGCAAAGCAUCAUCACAUAGCUGUUCAGCAAGACUCAGAGAUGAGAAAAAGUUAUUAAAUGCUCAGUAUUUAAAAAGUAGAGGACGUAUACUGAGAAUAGAUUUUCUUGAAGAAAAAUAACAGCUUUAAUGUGCUUUAAAUAAUACAAAGUAAAUUUCAUUUAAAGUGAUACUUCUUUAUGGGCCACUUCUUACUUUCACGCUAAACAAAAUUAAAACUGUGUAGCAAAAUGCUCUUUGAUUUAUCUGGACAAUAUAAAGCUUAUAUGUAAGUUAAACACACGAGUUGAUCAGAAGUAAAUACACAGGGAAGGGGGAAAGACUCUCUGAGGUGGGCUCCAAUUAAAAGAAGGCUAACCUGCAGUGACUGAGUUUCACUCAUCCUGACAAGAUCAUGAAGCUGAGAAGAACAGGAAGCUGAGAUUUGAAAAAAAGUCCCUUGAUGUGUGUAAUUACCUAGAAAUAUACAGCAACAUAUUGAUUCCUUUACCUUUGCAUACUCUGGACAUCUUUUUAUGCUACACCUAUCCCAAGCUUACCUUUUAGGUAAACUUCCUCAGUUCUGUCCUAACAUGCUCACAUUUCUUAAAGUCCUCAUCUCCAAGCUUUGUUUCAAGAGACCAAAGAAGCCCUCUCAUCAGGCCCUCUUCCUUUACAGUGACCUUGGCCAAGGCCAGUGAUGGUGUUGGAGGCAGGAAGUCAUCAGCAUGAAGUUACAUAGGGAUGUGGUCUCCUCUGGGCAUCUUAAGAUGCCCAAAUCUGACAGCAGCCUUGCAGUAGGGAUGUUUUAUUCCACAAAGGAUGUAGAAAAUCUUGAAAGAGGGCUUAAGCACAGGAAGAGCUCACAGGAGUUCAUUCUUUUAAAGCCUGUCUCUUUGCUGCUUCAAACCAUGCUGGCAAUUGGCAGAGAAAACUUUUUUAAUGUUGUAAUGUAACCAUUUAAAUUAAAUAGAAAGAAAUAUUAAUGCCACUUCCAACUCAUAUGAAUAGCAUUGUGAUCAUACAUGGUAGAGAUAUUCACAAUGGGAACAGUUCAAACAUGGGCAGCUUGUCUGUGGUGAUCAGCCAUGGCCUCCCUCUCAGGGCACAGGAGAGAGUAAGCCUACUGGGUUUUGGGGUUGGAGAGACCUACUUUCUGCAAGGAGAAGCUGCCUGUCCCUGUGGGACACACAGUGUUUCUGUCCUUGCAUAGCCCUUAAAACUGCAACAUUCAGCCUGAAACCUCUCCUACUGUACUCCUAGAGCUCCCCAAAAGUGCUGAAACCAACACUCUCACAAUGGGAUGUCCUAGGAAAGCUGACUUACCCAAUGAAACCAUGUAUGGAGCCAUCCUGGGCCUGUCCCAAGUGUGGAUCCAAGGUGGCAGUAGAGCAUCCACUGGCUGGGAAAGGACAUGUUAUCACCUGGGAGCCACAUCUCUCUGUGCUGGAUCUGCAAUGGGCUACAAAGCUGCACUGCAAGCUUUGUUUAUUGUGCUUUGUCAAAGGCGGCUCAUGACUCCAGUCUGGGUCUACUGAGAAACCUCAACUCAUAUAUAUACACAGGACCAUUCUGCUUCUUGUUGUACAAGUAUGGAGAUAUGGGACUCUGACACUAGGUUGUUAAGACAACCGUAAGAGCCUAAUGGUUCUGCCCUCUUAAUACUUGUGACCAGUGCCAUAGAUGUACAUCUCAAGACCUAUGGCUUUCACCUACAGUGCAAAGACUCAGGAGGGAAUAGGCUGGAAAAACAGAGCUUGUGCCACUUGUUUGUGCCAUGCCUGUGACCUGAAUGUGGGGAUGCAUGAAUCCACUUUCCAUGAGGAAGGCCCAGUCUGGACUCAGACAGUCAGGCUUGUCUCUGCUCCUUCAUGCCCAGCCUUGCCACCUCUGCUAUGGUAACAUGGGUGUGGGAACAGCAUUUUUCCCCCCUCAAAGCCUACUUUCUUCUCCCCACCUUCCCUAUCCUAUUCAGUUUACAGGUGAAGUUAAGCCCGGUGCUCCCUUGGGCUCUGCAUAGACCUCUCUGACAUGCCUCCUUGGGACCUAAGCAGGGCCAGGGGUGUAGGGUUGGGGGGUAGCCCAUAGCAGACAAAGUUGCCAGAUCCUGAAGCCUGGCUGGGUUCAGGAUCACAGCCAGUGGCCAGCCCUGCCUGGCCUGUGGGCAGUGCCAGACCCUGCGGCACCCAGGCUUGGCUGUGCACAGCUGCAGGGACCCCGCUUCCCAGGCUGGCACUCAUCCACCCUGCAGAGCCCACAGUACUCCAGGUCUGGGUGGAUGGAUGUUCCUCAGGAUGCUGAGAUCUGCCUUCCAGGCAUGGUGCUCUGAAAUUUGCCCUGGAUUUGUCUGUCUUGGCCAGGGAAUAGCUAGGAGAACUGAGGCCUUCCCUGGCCUCACAGGCUAAGGAGAAAUGCAGUGUGGCCAUGGUCUCCGGGUCAUAUUUAACUUCCCAGGCCAGGGAGGAGCUAAGAGAAAUUCAUCACUGAGGUGUGAGACCCAUCCAGGAUCAGCUAAGGAUCACACAGAAAAUGGCUCCAUCUGUGAAGAGAGGACAAAAGAGUGGCUGGGCUUCCUUUUGAGUCUACAAGAUGACUUUCACAGGGGCACGCUAUAACUUGGGGAGCCAGCUAAGGGGAACUUAAUGGGGAGGCUGUACUCAGCCUAUGUGGGGCUAGAGAAGGACAGGUAAGCCUGUGGGCAGGAAGAGCUCAGAAGUAGGCAAUGAGUUUUGAUUUUGACUCAGAUAGAUCUUUCUGGCACUCUCACAAUUGUGUCAGUGCUAAGGGGACACUGCCUGGAUUGGGCUAAGAAGUGGAGCAAGAGCCUGUUUGAUUCUCUGGGGGCAUGGCCAAUGCAGAUGGGUACCCAUUGAGAUAAGAGAGAAUGGGAAGGAAAUGCUAUCUGAGAAAUGGUGCAGGUCAAUCCAGAUUGGGAGAUGUAAAUGGUACUCAGGCUAAUUGCCUCUCCUCAAAGGAGCCCAUUUCCGGAGGUGAAUGGCUUGCAGACACCUUCAAACAGAGCGGGAGGGCCCUGCUUUGAAGUUAUCCAGAAGAGGGGGGUUAUCUUGGGCUCUUACGCAGAUCCUACGCAGGCGGUUUCCCUUGAUGUGUCUGGCAUGGCUGACAUAAAUGGUUCUACAUCCAACACAGUAGGAACCAGCUUGCAUCACUGCCAUCUGGCAGCUCUGGUCUCACCACCCACAUAGUCCCACUGCAUCUUCAGUCCCAUCACAAUCCCCAGCCAUUACGCUGGUAAAAGUACACACAUCCUCAGGAAGUUUUCACUGAACAUCUUGCAGUUGCAAUCUUCUGCUCUGGCUCCCAAUGAAGACUGACUUUGGGGUGAUCUCAGGCCAAGGAGAAGAGGCCAGCAAGGAGAAGGUGAUGCGCAGCAUACAAUCCUUAAACAGGCAAGGCAGCCUUGACUCCAGCAAGGAGGAUGGUGGAGCCACUCUCAUCCUGACCCUCACCCUCUGCAACGUGAGGAAGACUGAGCUCUCCAGGGCAGCCAAAGUCUUUGAGAUGUUUGAAACUCAGAUCCAUCACUUCGAAACCAGGAGAGCCAAAAAGCCCAAGAACUCUGAUGAUGAUCUUGACAUUUUUGUUGAAUGUGAAGUCCAUAGUGCUGAUGUUAAUAUCCUUAUCACAUCCUUAAAGAGAGCAGCAGAGGAUGUGAAAACUGGCAGAGAAGACAAAGUACCCUGGUUCCCCAGAAAAAUCCAAGAUCUGGACGAGUGUCACCAUCUGAUCACCACAUACGAUCCUAGUUUGGACCAUUGUCACCCUGGAUACACUGACCUGGAGUACAGGAAACGGAGGGCAUUCUUUGCUGACCUUGCCUAUAAUUACAGAGCAGGGGACCCGUUGCCUCGCAUUGAGUACACAGCACAGGAGACUGCAACUUGGAGAGAAGUCUACAGGAAACUGAGAAGCCUCUACCCUACUCAUGCUUGCACACAAUACCUAGAUGCUUUCCAGCAGCUGGAGAAAUACUGUGGCUACCAAGAGGACAACAUACCUCAGCUUCAGGAUGUCUCCAGAUUUUUAAAAGAAAGAACAGGUUUCCAACUGAGACCAGCAGCAGGGCUGCUGUCUGCUCGUGACUUCCUUGCCAGCCUGGCAUUCCGUGUCUUCCAGUGCACACAGUAUAUAAGACAUUUCUCUUCUCCUAUGCAUUCCCCAGAACCAGACUGCUGCCAUGAGUUGCUGGGUCAUGUUCCCAUGCUAGCCAAUAAGGAGUUUGCCCAGUUCUCCCAGGAUAUUGGACUGGCUUCUCUUGGAUCAUCUGAAACAGAGAUUGAGAAACUAGCCACACUUUAUUGGUUUACUGUAGAGUUUGGUCUCUGCAAGCAAAAUGGAUCCAUCAGAGCUUAUGGGGCAGGACUGCUUUCAUCUUAUGGGGAGCUUAUGUACGCUUUAUCAAACAAGCCAGAGUACAAGCCUUUUGAUCCAGAAGUGACUUCAGUUCACCCGUAUCAGGAUCAAGCCUUCCAGCCUGUCUAUUUCAUAGCAGAAAAUUUUGAAGAUGCCAAGGACAAGCUCCAAAACUACGCAAUGAAGAUCAAGAAGCCCUUUUCUUUGCACUAUGAUCCAUUCACCAGCAGCAUAGAGAUUCUCAACACACCACAGAAAGUCAAGAGGGCACUCAGUCAAAUGAAAGAGGACCUGAAAAAUAUCAGCCUGGCCCUUGAAAAUCUCUCUUAAAACUGCAGCAGUAUAUCUCAACUGGCACUGAUAUAUAUGUAGGCAGUUCCUGCACUUGAAGAUUUAGUGAUGAAGUUGUAGAUGCCUACAAACAUGCAGCUGCAUGCAUCUUUAACCCACAAACAGCUCUGUCAAGCUAAUCUUUUCACCAUAAUUUAGGCUGCUGACUUAGCCACAUUCAUGCAUUCCCACUGAGUAUAUUUCAAUGACAAAAAAGCUCAAAUUACUCCAAUUCUAGGUAGGUGAUAUAAGAUGCAGCUGUUUGGUGUGCACUUAUCUGUUACUAUUGGACCUUUACAGUUUUUUUAUUCACCUGCUGCCUUUUGAAGUUAUCAGUCACAAAACAGCACAGUAACUCUGUAACUCACAAAGUCUUUUACAUCUUGAUUAAAUGACAAGAUCACAAUCUUUAAGGCUGGCCAGCUGCCUACAGUCCUUGCAGCUAGCUCAUUUCUGCUAGCAAUUACUAUCAGCUAUUGUGUUCACAAACUAUGAAUGAUUCCUUUACAAUGUACAAAUGCAAGAGUUUGUAAUAGGGACCUUUUACUUCUGUUUGCUAUUCAUUUUUAGACAGUCUUCUUUUUUAGUAGCCUUCAAAUGUGGCAAAAUAAUUUCCUGUCAUGUUUGAGAACACAGCAUAUGUAUUCUUGGAUUUAAAAAAAAGGCAAAAAGGGCAGAAAAUCUGAUGUAUGUGAUGCUCUGGCUCUGUGGCAUACCUGCUUGAUUUGAAAAAGAAUUUUGGAUUCUGGAGAGAGAAAAGAUGAAUGUAUGGAAAUAUUUUCAAAGAAGCCUACAAGAAAUUGAGUCCCACUGACGUAGAUGUAGAUCGUGUGAUAUAGGUAGUCCUAAACACAUUUAAAGAUUUUUGUUUUUCAUUGGUGUUAUGAUGACUUUUAGUAAUAACCAAAAAUCCAAGUAUAUUUAAUAUUGAUGCAGCAAAUCCUAAGAUCGAACACAAGCAGCCAUAUAGCCUUGCUAUGGAUACAAUACCAGUCACAUAAUCCAACUCAUUUUGCUUCCUGCUCUAGUCCCUUUCUCAGAUGUGCCUGAAAUUUAUCUCCACUCUGUAGGUCAUGUUUUACAGAAACAAUCCUUUAAUUGCCUUUUCCAGACUUUCAUGCUCUUUUAGAAUCCUUCCUUCCUCCACUAUCUACAAAGAGAGACUAGUAUGGGAAAAGGAAAGGAGGCUCAUGCCUGGAAGGAUUCCCUCUCUGCUUAGCAGCAGCACAAACAGACAACAUUGAAGCAGGCUGUGGGUAUGACAUAAGCAGGGGCAAUGUGGAUCUCAUGGCUAAAGCUGGGUAACAGUAAUCCACAGAUGUCAACGUAGACUGAUGCCGUGCAACUAAGAAACCCUACUUGUAUUUUCAAAAGUAUAUUCAGGAUAAUCAGAAAGCAAGCUUGCAGCUUGUCCACUGCUAUCCGCUAACUGCCAGCAUACAUGGCCUGAACUCUGAUGUAAAUGUGAGGUGGUUUGGCUCUUGAUGGAAAAGGAGUCAUCAACUCUGCCUUAACUGGUCACUGUGGGAUAAGAGCAUGUACACAGAAAGUCACAACAGAGCAAUUUGCAUGCUGUUAUUUCAUACAGAGCUUAUCUCACUGUAAUUUGUCCAUGUGCCAGGCUCUAAAGAAACUGUCUUAUUGAAAGUUAAUGGGAUUUUGUCUCUUAAAUCUUCAUGUCCAUAAGCACUUCAGAAAAUUCUCCCAUGGGCACUAAUACAGUGUUCAAGAUCUGGGGAGCUGCUGCAAUGGUUCCAUUUUAUUAAAAUGUGGUAAUGCCUGACAAAUUUGGAGCUAUCUUGGCAAAAUACCUAUGAGACCCCUUCCUCUCAGCAACAGGAAUAUCCCAAGCUCUUUCUUUUUCACUGAAAUACAGGAUUUUUCUGUUUUACUCCAGGAAAAAUUUUGCAUAUUGUAAAACCUGUUUUGCUAGAGAUUCAAACAGGGACAGAGCUGAAGUGAGUUCUUUUGCUUCCAGGGUAUUUCUGCUGUGAUGGAUGAUGAUCUCUCAACAUAAUUCUAUGGAUUUAAUUCUACUUAUCCCGCUUAUACACACACACAAAUACUGUUUCUCUUCAGAGCAAUUUGUUUUGUUACAUAUUGUAAUAAUUUAUCUGUGUACUUCCUGCCAAAUGGUACAUAGGCAAAAAUGCUUGAUAGCUCACAACAGAUUGUUUUCAGAAAUAUUAUUUUCAUCAACCAGUUAUUUUACACUGAAAAUUGAACCAUGUGCUCCAGUUUUGUGUGUUUUCUUUUUCUUUCUCUUUAAGUGGAAGAUAAUGCCAGAGCUAUCAAAAUAUUUUCUAUAGAUGGAUUCUGUAGGCCAUAGGGUCUUUUUCAUGUAUUCCCUCUGAAAUGGUUGAAUGUGGAGUUUAUACUUGAGUUUGGCUAUUGCUCAGAACAGACCUAUAUUUGGAAGAAAUGAGAGACCUGAUGGAUUUGUUUUGCCCAAGGCCUCACACUUUCCUUGGAGGGACUCCAGGCCCGCCCACGCACCCUUGUCUUUUCCAGUUCCUGUAGCAAUGAGAGAAAAAGAAACCAUUUGGAGCCAGAUUCUCCAACCAUUACACAUGCUGAGUAGUACCUGAUCUCUUGAAUAAUCCCAGUGACAGUACUGAGCCUAUUAAGGUGCCGUACACAGAAAGUCAGAGCAGGAUUAUCAAAACCUUUGUGGGUGUACUUGCUUUUUUAUUGUCUUUAUGAUAUUCGGUCUGCAUACAUGGCUAGGGUAGGCUCCAGUACAGCUUAGCAAGCUUCAAAAGUAAUGAAUUUCACUACUUGAACUGUUAAGAGCCAGAAAUAUUUUUCCAAAGGAGGCAAAUCUUUCCUUUCUUACUCAAGCAAACCUUACCCCUGGAUAGUCAUGACUGACACUCCUCUUUAAUGAGGUCCAAAUUCUUCUCUUCUUAUUCAGUGAUAUUACAAAGCACAAGACUUCAGGGUUACAUCCUUAUGAGGUACACUGGUCAGGCUGCUCUUCCAACAGCUAUUCUUUCAUUUCCUCCCAGAAGCCAAGUACCUCAUACUCUUGUUGGUCUAAGACAGGGGUGAUGGGGAAGGCACUGAUGGGGCCUCCCAAUGAAAAUAAAGUCACAUAGGAAAAAGCACCAACCAGUAAAAAUAUGUCUUUUUGUCAGUUUGCUUUUCAGCAGUUUCACAUUAAUCUUGCACAAGAAGGCUCCAAAGCCAAGUAAAACACAUCCUGUGACUUGAAACUGAACUGAUGAACUCCCCAUGGGUCCUUUGCUUAUCCCGAUAAACUUAUUUUUCCUAGAUGGAGUGCAUUUAGAGCAAAAUAGUGUAUGUUAUUAAAUCUGUAUUGUGUUGUUCUGUUAUACAUGGGAGAGUUAGUAAAUUCGGUUCGUGGGUUUGGGUUUGUUUUGUUUUUUGGCUAACCAAGUCUGUCCUCUACCAAUUUUGGUCCACCCUCAAGCCUCCAGCUGCUUCCCUGCUUCCCUGCAGAUUUACUAGAGAUGCCAAGGGUACCACUGCAUAAGGAGAAUACAUAGUUAUGCAAUUUGGGGAAUUUGGCAGGACAGGAAGAGGAAAUUUAGGCAGGCCUCCCACCCACUCCCAUGAGAAACAGUAUUGUAUUACAAGGCAGAACUGUCAUCCUCAAAAAGACCUUCUCAGUCACUUCUCUCUGGUUCCUUUAGUAUUUCAACCUUUUUACUACCUGAUGAACAUAAAACUGUACUUAACCGAUUAAAGAAAUCCCCAAAUCAAUCAAUCGAACAAACAAAAGACCUUCCCAGAAAGAAAGCACUAUAUUGCAUUGGGUCUCUGCUGACCCAUGAAGGAAGAAACAAAUAAACAAAUAAACAAAUAUAAAAAAUCAAACUCCAUGAAAAUGAUAGUGUAUUCCUAAAGAAACUUAAAGCACAAAAUCAUUCAAUGUACAGCUACACACCUGAAGAUCAUCUUAGAGCCACUGUGGAAAAGCUACAACUUCAUACCCAGUAAAUCGUGACCAUCAAUUAAUCACAGACAGAAGUGUUACAUGACUGUUUGAAGCAGGAAAUAAAGCUACUAGGAAAAAAACUCCAGUAGCUUCGCCUUACUGCAAAAACAGAAGGUUCUCUGGAGUCUGCUUCUGUAGAUAUCCAACAGCAUGGAGAAAUUCCAACUGGCAAAGAAACAGAAGGGUAUAGACAUACAUCCCUAGUAAUCUCACCCUACCACUAAUCAGGAGUUGAUACAUGGGCUUUUAAAUUUAGUUAGAGGACAUGACUUCGCAGCAUUCUCCAGCUGGUGAAUGGUUAGAGGCUGGCAGAAAGGGUUACUGUCUGUCUUGUAUUAAAUAUACAUUAACUUUGGGUAACACUGGUGGCUGAGGCCCAGAGUGAAAGCAAAUCUCUGGCACUCUCUCCCACCACAAGAAUUCCUCAGGGGAAAGAAAGCCAAACUAGAAGAGGAGUCUGGCUGACAACUGGGAGAGCAAAGGAGCAAUAAAUGGAAAAGACUGGUAGACAGGCCCAAAACAUGUUUGUUUUGCAUAUGUUGUUUCAAUGUUUGAGAAAAAAAAAAAAGAAAAAAAAAAAAGGACAUUUAACAUAAAGGAGGAAAGUUUGUAUCUGCAAGAGUGUAGAAAAAUCAAAGUCAGUUACGCCUUUUUUUAACUGUGCCUGAGAAGUGUUAGCCUUAUCUAAGGCAUUUGCUUUCAGCAUGGGGUACAAAGGUUAGCAAGUAGAAGAGGGGUCUUGGAAAAGAGUAUUUUUCCAUGGUGCAUGGGAAAGCUGAGGUUGCCCGGGCCUUGCUGUCCUGCAAGACAAAGAGCCCUAAAUUUUGAGUGAAGGCUACCUUAGAAGGGGAAAAAAAGCAGCUAGCAAAGCAGUGCCUCCCCAGCAGAAGACUGCAAAUUUGUUAUUGCUAGAGCUAUAUAGUACCAUCUUCCACUCCACUUAACUAUUUUCUCAUGACUUUUCUUUUUUCCCUUUAUUUAAAACGCUGUUUGCUGAUCCCUUUUACUUGUGCUUGCCAACAGGGAAAAUUACGUCACCGAACACAAGAAAGUUUACUAUUAUUUUCCCUGUGUUUUGGGUAGAACUUGAGGAAAAAAUGGGCCCUCCUAAGCUUCAACUUGGCCCUUGCUGAAGACAAUUAACCUGGCAAAAUAGUUACAUUUGGGUAAAAGAGUGAUAGCUGUCAUCCAAAACAAAUCUCUACUUCCACCUACAACUAAUAGUGUUUGUCUUCAAAGUACAUUUUUCAUAGAAUUACUCAUGGUAGUUUCAAACAUGAACUGCAAAUGAUAAAACAUAGCACAUAAUACCUGUCAGAUAAAGUAACUGGAAAAAUCCUUCAGUCUGGAAUUUCAAUAUCUGCAUUAUCUGCAUUGUAGCAUUUUUGGGUACCAUUUGCAACUACUGGGCCUACUUCUGCUGUCAUGGAGUUUGAAGCUGGAAUGCCAUAAAAUAGGAUAUGCUUUUUACUUUGGUGAAGCCAGUUAUAAAUUCUGAAUAAACAGCAAAAUUCCUAUUGAAUAAAGUAGUAGUUAAUGUGGAAGUAAAAAUAAAGGAUCAAUUUACAGUUGUA